UUGGCAAAGGGCGGGCGGAGGGUUCGGCCUGAGAGGCGGAGCCCGGGCCGGGCGGCUUGUGCCCCUGUUCCCGCGCUGGGCGACCGCCGCAACUGCUUCGCAGCGUGAAGAGCUUCACCGGAGCGCUGUGCGACUUCCCGGACGAGAGCCUGCUUUCCUGAUAUCUGCAAAAUGGCUGAUAAUUUGGAUGAAUUUAUUGAAGAGCGAAAAGCCAAAUUGGCCAAAGACAAAGCAGAAUUGGAAAGUGAUCCACCUUACAUGGAAAUGAAGGGAAAGGCAUCAGAGAAACUUUCUGAAAAUAGUAAAAUAUUAAUCUCCAUGGCUAAGGAAAACAUACCACCAAACAGUCAACAGACCAGGGGUUCCUUAGGAGUUGAUUAUGGGUUAAGUUUACCACUUGGGGAAGACUACGAACGGAAGAAACAUAAACUGAAAGAAGAACUGCGGCAAGAUUACAGACGCUAUCUUACUCAGGGUAUUACACAAGCAAAAAGAAAGAAAAAUUUUCUAUCCACGAGUGAAACAGAUCCAUCUACUCUGGGAGUUUCUCUUCCUAUUGGUGAGAGGUUAUCUGCCAAGGAACGGUUGAAACUUGAACGCAACAAAGAAUACAAUCAAUUUCUCAGGGAUAAGGAAGAAUCCAUUGAAAAUUUCAGACAGAUAGAAAAGAGUACUGAGAACAAGAAUCAAGGAAAUAAAAAACCUACUAGUCAGAUUAAACCUGAUUUACCUUCACAAAUACAAUCAUCUUGUGAAAAUGCAGAGGGUCCUAGAAAAGAUGCCCCGACUCCUUCAGAGACAUAUGAAGAGCUUCUAAACCAAAGACGCCUAGAGGAGGACAGAUACCGACAACUAGAUGAUGAAAUUGAAUUAAGAAAUAGAAGAAUCACUAAGAAGACUAAUGAAGAAGUGGGCAUUUCCAGUAAAAAAUACCCGAGGUUUGUUAGCAAGACUGACAUUCCGGAUAGAAGAUUUCGCAGGUUUAAUGAGGAUCGUGUUUUUGAUAAACAGUAUUUUAGCCCAGACCAAGAUCCCGAAGUAAGUGAAGAAAUGGACGAGAGGUUUAGAUAUGAAAGUGAUUUUGAUAGAAGACUUUUGAGAGUAUAUACAAAUGACAGGAUGUACGGAAACAGACGAGCAAAUGUGCCCUCUAUGGAGUAUGGUGGUGAUGCCACUGAGCAGUCAGUAAGAAUUUCAUCUGCUGGGAAUCAAAGCACUCGAGACAAUGAACCAUCCAAACCUACUAACAGAGAGAUCUGUAGUCCUUUUGCGGGGAUGCUCUUUGGAGGUGAAGAUCGAGAACUUAUUCAGAGAAGGAAAGAGAAAUAUAGACAAGAACUAUUGGAACAAAUGGCUGAACAACAGAAGAACAAGAGACGAGAAAAGGAUUUGGAUCUCAGGGUUGCAGCUUCUGGAGCACGAGACCCUGAGAAAUCGCCUGAUAGACUAAAGCAGUUUAGUGUGGCACCGAGACACUUUGAAGAGAUGAUACCUCCUGAAAGACCCAGAGUAGCUUUCCAGACACCUCUCCCUCCUUUAUCUGCCCCGCCUGUCCCACCUGCCCCAUCAGUUUACUCCAUCCCAUCUCAAAAGGAAGAUUUGCACGAUGGACUCAGCAGCACCCUUGGUGAAAUGGUGCCUCCCAGGAUUGCACCUCUGCCUCCACCUCCCCUACUACCACCUUUGGCUACCAACUAUCGAACUCCUUAUGAUGAUGCCUACUAUUUUUAUGGGGCCAGGAAUACUUUGGAUCCCAGUCUUGCUUAUUAUGGUUCAGGAAUGAUGGGAGUACAACCUGCAGCUUAUGUUAGUGCUCCUGUCACCCACCAGCCAGCUCCGCCUAUUGCGAGUACAGUUGGACAGAAUGAACUGAAAAUUACAAGUGAUCGAGCAGUAAAUUCAGGGUUGUUUUUUGAAGAUAAACCAAAGCCUUCAAAACAGUCACUUCAGUCUUACCAAGAAGCUUUGCAGCAGCAGAUUCGGGAAAGAGAAGAAAGAAGAAGGAAAGAACGCGAAGAAAAAGAAGAAUACGAAGCUAAACUAGAAGCUGAAAUGAGAAGUUAUAACCCCUGGGGCAAAGGUGGAGGUGGUGCUCCUCUGAGAGACACGAAAGGAAAUCUGAUAACUGAUUUGAAUAGGAUGCACAGACAAAAUAUAGAUGCCUACCAUAACCCAGAUGCAAGAACAUAUGAAGAUAAAAGGGCUGUUGUAUCUCUAGACCAAAAUUUAGCCACUUCAAAUGCUGAGAACCUAGAAGAUUCUGCAAAUAAAAACUCAGGUCAUAUGCAAACACAGAGCUCUCCUUUUGCUCGUGGAAAUAUAUUUGGUGAGCCUCCAACUGAACUUCAGAUUAAACAGCAGGAAUUAUACAAGAAUUUUCUUCGUUUUCAGAUUGAGGAAAAGAAACAAAGAGAAGAAGCAGAGCGAGAGAGAAUGAGAAUUGCUGAAGAAAAAGAAGAAAAACGGCUUGCUGAGCAGAGGGCACGGAUUCAGCAAGAGUAUGAAGAGGAACAGGAAAAGAAAAGGGAGAAGGAGGAGGAGCAAAGGCUGAAAAACGAAGAGCUUAUUCGGUUAGCUGAAGAAAGAAGAAAAGAAGCAGAAAGAAAGAAGAAAGAAGAAGAAGAAAAACAUAACCUACAACUUCAGCACUAUUACGAAAGAGAAAAUAUAAUUGGGGAAGAAACAAAGCGUUUGAGACAGCCUUCUCCUGUAGUUCCAGCCCUUCAGAACAAGAUUGCAAGCAAACUCCAAAGACCUCCUUCGGUUGAUAGCAUUUUAACUUCCUUUAUUCAGGAAAGUUCCAUGUCCAGGGCACAGUCUCCUCCGGUACCUGCCAGGAAAAAUCAGCUUCGUGCAGAAGAGGAGAAAAAAAAUGUAAUUAUGGAGUUGUCAGAAAUGAGAAGGCAGCUUCGUAGUGAAGAGCGGCGUCUGCAGGGGCGGUUGUUACACAUGGACAGUGAUGAUGAAGUUCAUAUAAGGAAAAGAGAAAGGAAUCCCAUGGAUGUAUUUGACAUGGCCCGACAUCGGUUACAGGCUCCUGUCAGAAGACAGUCACCUAAGGGCUUAGACGCUGCUACUUUUCAGAAUAUUCAUGACUUUAAUGAGCUGAAAGAUAGAGAUUCAGAAACACGAGUCGAUCUGAAAUUUAUGUACCCAGAUCCUCCCAGAGAUCAUCAUACUUUAGAGAUUCAGCAGCAAGCUCUGCUAAGAGAACAGCAGAAGAGACUGAAUAGAAUGAAAAUGCAAGAAGGUGCUGAAGUUGACUUGGAUGCUGUCUCAAGCACUAAAGUACGGGACUAUAGAAUGCCCAGGGAGGACAAAGAUGAUUUCUUGAAAAAUUCAUUAUUGGAAUCUGAUAGUGCUUUUAUUGGUGCGUAUGGCGAGACGUACCCUGCCAUCGAAGAUGACGCCCUCCCUCCACCGUCACAGCCGCCCUCUGCCAGGGAGCGCAGGAGGAACAAGCUGAAGGGACUGGACUUGGAUAACAGUCACCCUAACGUACCACCAGAUGGCCUCUCUUUAAAAUCUGUGUCCAGUAUAAAUAUCGAUCAGCUUAGAAUGAGGAAUGAAGAGCGAAUGCGAAGACUGAAUGAACUUCAGACUAAACCUAUCAAUACAGAUGACGAGAGUUCACUGGUUGACCCUGAUGACAUCAUGAAGCACAUGGGUGAUGACGGAUCAAACUCUGUGGCAACUGAGCCCUGGCUCCGCCCAGGCACCUCAGAAACGCUGAAACAAUUCAUGGCAGAGCAGCUGAGGCAGGAGCAGCCGCAGGUCCCUGGAAAACCAGGCACUUUAACUUGGCAGGGCCUGUCUACUGCACAUGGUUAAAAUAAAUGUGUCAGACCCAGUAGUGCCUUUUAAGGCGAAAGGAAGGUGAAAUUUGAACCUUAAUAACAUGUGCUACUUCUGGCCCAUUUACCUGGCAGUUACUUAUGUUCCAUCUGUAUAUAAGGUGCAUGUCUUCCACGAUGAUGUAUAUGGUGUAUAUUAUGUACAUAAAAUAAAAGGCCAUGAUUGUUAAUUUAUAUAAUAUAGAACUAUAUAGAGUUAUUUUUGCACAAUUUUGCCACCAUAAAUUAGGGUGGUAAGGAACUCCUGGAAUCAACUACCAUAUGUGCAUUAUUUUAAAUUUUGCUUGUCAGUAAGAUAAGGUGAAUAAAACACAAGUGUCUUAACAGUACUGUAAAGCCCGAACACUUUGUUGUAUGUGCAUCUGCUAUUGUUACUGCUAUUCAGGAUGAUUUUUCAUUUAGCAAAUAUAUUGGUUGUAGCUGUUGCUAUGUAAUGAGAGAAUCAAAUGUGUUUAUUUCCAUGUCACUUACAACUACUGAUUCAGUAUAAAUGAUGGGAGUUGUUAAGGAGUAUAUUCCUAUGAGCCAUGAAACUGUCAUCUUUCUGCCUCUAUUUUUGUGCCAAUGAAGGCAUUAUUUGCUAAUUUAUGAUUUAACUUCUUGACAGAAAUAAAUUAUUUUUAUUACCAAUGUCAAUUUCUUAUUUUAACUGGAAUUGAGGUUUCUAAAGGUGUUCUAGCAGUUAGACAGGAACACCCAGGGAGUCAGAGACAGAGGAAGACAAAUAUGUAUCACUUAUAUUAAGAAAUGAUACAAAAGAACUUAUUUAUAAAACAAACUUGCAGAUUUCAAAAUCGAAUUUAUGAAUACUGAAAGGGAAACGGUGGGGGAGGGCUACUUAGGAAGUUGGGAUUAACAUCAACACACUACUGUAUGUAAAGUAAUUAACAAGGACCUCUAGUAUACAG